CACUCAAACCUACAUGUCCUACAACUGGACGGUACGGACUAUAAGGGUUUUGAUGGCUUUGCCAAACAAGUGGCCGAUAUUGUGGGCGACAGGGGUUUGGAUACACUUAUUAAUAACGCCGGCAUUGCGUUGACUGCAAAACUGGAUGCCGUAACCGCCGAUGAUAUGGUGACCAACUUUAACGUCAAUUCCGUGGCACCACUAAUGCUCACUAAAGCCUUACUGUCGGUGCUUAAGCAAUCGGCAGCAACUAAGCGCAAAACCACAGUGGUCAAUAUUUCAUCCUUGGCAGGCUGUAUUACACUUAUACACAAAGUCCCAUUUGGUAUGCUUUAUCCAUAUUUUACGAGUAAAGCAUCACUCAAUAUGAUUACAAAGUGUCUGUCCGUUGAUUUGGCUUCACAUGGUAUUAAUGUUGUGGCCGUACACCCGGGCCACGUGCAGACCGAUAUGGGCGGUGAACGCGCGAAGAUUACUGUGGAGACUAGUGUUAAUGGUAUACUGAACGUGAUCGAUAAGCUAACCGAUGAUGAUGCUGGCAAGCUAAUUGGCUAUGAUGGCACCGUGAUGCCUUAUUAA